AAGUUAAGAUGGGCAUAGACUGAUGGACUGGGGCCCAAAUCCAAUUAUUUGCCCCCUGGUUCAACAACUGGAACAUGUGGGGUUUAUAAACAUCCCAAUGUGUUCCUCUCCUGAUGGAAUUUUCCAGCCUUUCCAGUUGGUGUUUCACAGUGCCAUGUUAGUAGCCUCUGAAUCACUUCCAAAGCCCACACUCUCCUUCCAUCCAGUAUCCACUUGAAAUGCUUAGCAACAAUCAAACUUCUUAAAUCUUUAAGGAAACAUUAUAAUUUAUGAGUUUUUGCCUUGUCAGCCCCUCUUUGGAUUUGCCAUUAAUAGAUAAAGGUGCUGAGGCAUAAGAUUGGGUUCCAGCCUCCCCUUCCCAACACUGCUGAGAUCUCAGUGCCGCCAGGGAAGCAAUUACCCAGCGCUGAGCGCUACAAUAUGAAACCAUAUGCAGAGGGACUCUGAGAGAAUUCCCCCUCCCUGCCUAUUGGAGAAUACUGUGAUGGCAAAAGAAUUACCGCUUAGAUGACAAGGAAUCAUUCUUUUGUAGGCACGGCCUGAAGGCCAGAUAUUGUCCCUCCCACUAUCCCCCAUAUCUACAGCUUCCUUCCCUUAUGGCAUAUCAUUCUUUUUUGUUUCAAUACAUUUUUAUUCAUUUUCCAAAAGUGUUCAGUUUCCUAUCCCCUAAUAAGGUUCUUCAUUAUCCCUCAAUUUUGUGUAUAAAGCCAAGCAAAACAGUUCUAGAUACAUCGUAGUUUUUACAACUGUUGUCAUGAAAUACUAGAUCUUAUUAUUUACGUGUAUAACGAAACAAACUCCCAAACCUUAUUAUUCAGAAGAAAACAUUAAACAAAAGAAAGAAAAAAAAAAGGAAGAAAAUAAAAAAGAAACAGCAAAAUAAACGUCCCAUGGCCUUGGCUUAUCAUUUUAUUGAGUUUUCAGACUCCAUAGGCUCGAUAGGGGAUAUAUGUGAUUAUCAGCGCCUUGCACUGGCCAGUAAUACUGAAUAUAGUAGGCAAUAGUGUUGGCUUCCCUCCUCAUAUUUGUGAUGCUAAACAGGAAUAUUACUUUUCACACUUUCUAGACAAAACAACAAAUCCAGCUAAGGGAAUAUCCUGUUCCACCAGAAGGCAUCCCAAUCCAACCCAUCAUGUGAUUCACUAAUGAUCAUAAAUCUUCUUCAGGUGACAGAGUCCAUGCAACAUGGAUAUUAAUUCAUCUGAUUUGCAUCUUACUAUAAAACCCAAAUUUGACACCAACAUCCUUCUUUUAAUCUAACAUCUCCCAGUUAAGAAUAAUGGAGCCAAACCCUACUAAGUUCUAUCAUCUGCACCAGUUUGACACAAGAGAUUUCACUAACAAUUUCUUUUCUCCCCAAGCAGAUAGUUUGUUCCUAGAACAAGCUGUGAAAUUCCCGCUGAGAGCUCUGUAUACGGAAUUUGCUUCAGGUUAUAUCAAAGGUGAAAACUUGAUUGACGUCAGUAUUGGACCCCUCAUUUUUCCCCUCUUCCCAGUUUUUGAGUCCUUCAGAGAAAUCACAAUAUUAAAAUUUAAUGAUGACUGCAUCAAAGAACUGGACAAAUGGAGAAAAUCCGAUCCGGGUGCCUGUGACUGGUCUCAUGCAGUCGAGUUCAUGGCGGAACUGGAAGGAAACAGUGCUGUUUGGACACAUAAAGAAGAACAGCUAAAAGGAAGAAUAAAACACCUACUUAAAUGUGACGUUUCAGCAGAAAACCUGGUUGAUGAAAGGACGGUUCCAAAGGCAGACUGUCUCCUCACAGCAUGGAUCCUGGAGACCAUUAGCCAAGAUGAAACUUCCUACUGUAACAAUUUCAAGAAAAUGUCAGCUUUGCUAAAAUUAGGAGGUCACCUGGUCUUAAUUGGAGAUAUCCAGGGAUCCUUUUUCAUUGUCGGAGGCCACAAGUAUCACAUCUUACCCAUUGGGGAAGAGUUCUUAAGGAAGACUCUAGAGGAUGAAGGUUACUCUAUUGUAUUCUAUAGUGCAGUGGGGAGGAACGCUGAGAAGCAAACAACUAAUUAUGAGAAGAUUGUGUGUAUCAUAGCCCGCAAAGUAAGGGAAAGAUAGAGGGAAAUCCUGGGUUACAUAGAAACUGAACCCCUAAACCCAUAAACCAGUCUUUAAAGGGUGCCCAGGUGGGUUUCCAUAUUCUUUUAUUAAGAUAUAAAAAAAAUGUGUAAAUUAAAAAUGCUUCAAUAAAAUGCAAUUUUUACCAA